AUGAUGCUGGACGCGGUAAUGCACAGGGCUCAUACCGUUCUCCAGACGUUACUCAAGUCUGAACCGUAUGCGCUCUCUGAUAAGUUUGUUGCAAAGGCUCACCCAGUUUCCAAUCUGCAAAAGAUACUCCAGUCCCGAUUAAAAGGACGGUAUCGAGAAGUAGAGAGUCUGGUCGAAUCUUAUCGACUUCGGAGCAUGCUUCAAGACGAGAUUGUUGUGAGCGAGGGCGCCAUCCAGAUUUGA